AUGUUCCAAAUACAAAGAUACGAAAUUGAACAAGAACCGUUUCAGGAUGUUUCUACUGUGAGCACUGAAAGAUUAUCAAAGAUCAAUGAACGUAUUCAACUUAAAAGAAAACGACCCAUAAAAAAGGAAGUAAGUGGAAAGGAUGACUCUAUCCAAAAGGUUCCUUCCACCGAAAAAAAGGAUGACUUUAUCCAAAAGGUUGCUUCCACCGAAAAAAAGGAUGAUUCUAUCCAAAAGGUUGCUUCCACCGAACAACUAUCGAAAAAUACAUCAAAAAAUACACAUGAUGAUUUAUCUUUGCAACAACGGGUGAAAAUUACAAAAAAUAUUCCUGUGUUACAAGCGUUUCCAACAUUCGAGAGACCAAAGCAAACACCACAAGAGAUUGCGGCCGUUAAAUCGUUGGGUAUACCAGACUGGUUGGCUAAUCCAACCAUUGUUGAGUCAGAUUCAACGAAAACAAUUGAUGAUCCGUCUAUUAGCUUAUCAGAGAGAUUGAUUAAACGUUGUAAAGCACUUGGAAUUCAGGAGUGUUUUGCAGUACAAACGGCAGUUAUUCCACUGUUGUUACACUCACGAAAUCUAUCAGAUACUCAUAAAUCACCUGGCGAUAUUUGUGUAUCUGCACCGACGGGAAGCGGCAAAACCCUAGCAUACGUGCUACCAAUAAUUGAUAUUCUUUCAAGGCGUAUUAUAACUCGUUUAAGGGUUCUGGUUAUUAUUCCUACAAGAGAUUUAGUGGUCCAAGUUAAAGAAACAUUUGAUGCUUUUUGUAAAGGCACGAGUUUGAAGGUUGGAAUGGUUACAGGUCAACAAUCAUUCAUUCAGGAACAAGAACAAAUCGUUGGCGAUUUACAAGGCCAUUUCAUAGGUGGUAAAAGCAAAGUAGACAUACUAAUUGCCACACCCGGUCGGUUGAUCGAACACCUUUCAACGACUCCAAAUUUUACUCUACAACAUUUACGAUUUUUGAUUAUAGAUGAAGCUGAUCGCUUACUUAAUCAAAGUUAUCAAGAUUGGUUGUCGCACAUACUUAAGUCCACACAGUUACAACAAGUUACUGUAAAUCCAAGUAGUAAAAAACCAGUGGAAAUUAAGUCUGACCCUUUGGGUGUGCCCAUAAACGAUACCGUUUCUGCUGUAAUGAUGGAGACGUUCUUGCACAUUCCGAAAGUAGACAUUUCAGAACCUAAAACAUCAGCUGUUCAAAAGCUUUUAUUCUCGGCGACUCUCACGCGAAAUCCUGCUAAGAUUGCAAGCCUACAUUUGAUUAAUCCACGAUACAUUUCUAUUCAAUCAAUGAAUAAAAACGAAGGCGAAGUUAAAUAUGUUCUACCUAGCAGCUUAAACGAAUAUAUGAUUGUCUCCACUUCAUCUGAAAAACCUCUUGUGAUUCUUCAUUUACUCCACAACCUUCAUAUAUCAUCCGCACUUUGUUUUACUAAAUCUGUGGACUCGGCUCACAGGCUUUCCGAAUUGAUUAGGAUAUUUGAGAAAUCAGUAGUUGUAGCUGAGUAUUCAAGUGACUUGUCACAAGAGGAGAGAAGAAAUAUUUUAAACAAAUUCAAGCAUGGUGAAAUUCAAUUACUUAUCUGCUCUGAUUUGAUCGCUCGUGGUAUAGACAUUGAUCGUGUAGACUCAGUAAUAAACUAUGACGUUCCUAUUUACAUGAAAAAAUAUGUUCAUCGUGUUGGAAGGACUGCGAGAGCCGGACGCAAAGGUGACGCAUAUAGCAUUGUUGAGACUCAAGAGGUCCGGCACUUCAAAAAUAUGUUAAGAAAGGCUGGCCAUUUGGAUAAAAUUAAAAAUGUCAAUAUUAAAUCUUCCAAAUUGGACCCUUUGAAGGCUAUUUACAAGGAAUCUUUGGAAGCAUUCAAGGAAUAUAUG